CUUCGCUCACGCUAAAUCCUAAUGGGUCGCCGCCACAAGUAAUAUAAACAUUGCCAUCAAGCUAGGUUCUAUACAUUGCAUUAUCCAAACAUGUCGAAAAUACAUUUACUGAGAGCUUUUCUCAACGAGAGAUUAACAGCUGCUGCCGAGGAGAUAUUCGGGGUCGUUGAAAAAACGAUAUCAGAAUAUCAGGAAGAACUUGUCCGUUUACAGAGUCUGCUUGACAUUGUUCUUCAACCGACGAUAAAGCUACACAGAGCAGAACUCCAGCAGCUCACUAUCUCAGAGUUUCCCCCUGAGCAGCAGCAACACAGGGUGCUGGAGUGGAGCCCCAUUCAUGGGCUGGAGGACCCAGAGCCCACACAAAUUAAAGAGGAACUCCAGAGAUGUCCAGAGGAAGAGCAAUUUCAAGGGCUGGAGGAAGAUGACAAUGACUGUACUCCUGUUUUUGUAAAAAGUGACCAUUAUGGGGACAUUACUCAGUCCUCACAUCUCUAUCAAGCUCAGAAGGAAGGAAAUGGAGACAGAAACCCACUACCCAUUACUACAACUGAAAAGAUAAAAACAGAACCCAAUGGAGAGGACUACGGGGAAUCAGAACCAACCCAUGUCCCCCAUACCCUCACCGUAGUCAAUCCAGAAUAUUCUGCAGCUUCCAGGGAAAAAGACCUCCAGCAGCUCAAUAUCUCUGUCUCAGAAGCAGAGCUUCCCCCUGAGCAGCAGCACAGUGAACUGGAGUGGAGACCCAGUCAUGGACAGGAGGACCCAGAGUCCACGCAGAUUAAAAAAGACCUGGAGGAAAUCUGGAGCAGUCAAGAGGAAGAGCAGCUUCAAGUGCUGGAGGAAGAUAACAGUGACUCUACUCCUGCCUUUGUACAAAGUAACCAUUAUGAGGACCCAACUAAGCCCUCAUAUUUUUAUGAAGCCCACAAGGAAGAUAAAGGUGUCAGAGACCCACUACCCAGUACUAUAACUGAACCUAUCAAAACAGAACCUGAUGUAGAGGACUACAGAGAAUCAGAACCAACCAGUGUCCCUCAACACCCCACCAUAGUAAAUCCAGAAUGUUCUGCAGCUCAGAGUACCAGUGACCUCCAGCAGUUCAAUAUCUCUGUCUCAGAAGCAGAGCUUCCCCCUGAGCAGCAGCACAGUGAACUGGAGUGGAGACCCAGUCAUGGACAGGAGGACCCAGAGUCCACGCAGAUUAAAAAAGAACUGGAGGAAAUCUGGAGCAGUCAAGAGGAAGAGCAGCUUCAAGGGCUGGAGGAAGAUAACAGUGACUCUACUCCUGCCUUUGUACAAAGUAACCAUUAUGAGGACCCAACUAAGCCCUCAUAUUUUUAUGAAGCCCACAAUGAAGAUAAAGGUGUCAGAGACCCACUACCCAGUACUACAACUGAACAGAUCAAAACAGAACCUGAUGUAGAGGACUACAGAGAAUCAGAACCAACCAGUGUCCCUCAACACCCCACCAUAGUAAAUCCAGAAUGUUCUGCAGCUCAGAGUGAAAUGGGGGUUGUAGGUAGUACGGAGAAACAUUUUAAUCAGGUCCAAUCAAAGAGAACAAAUAUGUUAAAAGGACAAGUCUCACAUAUUAAUACUACGGAUUGGACAUCCUCAGAUUUAUCUCUCCUGCAAUCACCCAAUCAAAUGAAUGCUACUUCCUGUUGUAAAGUGUGUGGCAAAACAUUUCAUCAUAUGGGUUCAUUAUUUAAACACAUGCAAACUCAUACAAAGGAAAAAGAAGGUGGUGUUUCUGGAAAUACAUUUCAUCCUACAACAAAUAUGAAAGCGCCCACCCCAACUCAUACUGCACCUAUGUUUUGUUGUCAUGUAUGCGGUCAAUGGUUCAGCAAGAACAGUACAUUGCUAAUGCACCUGAGGAGACACACUAGGGAGAAAUAUUUGUCUUGCCCUGUUUGUUGUAUAUGCUUCAAGCAAAGUGGUAAUCUGAAAAGGCACAUGAGGAUUCACACAGGGGAGAAGCCCUAUUGUUGUUGUCAUUGUGGCAAAGGAUUCAAUCAGAGUGGAAGUCUGAAAUCACAUAUGAGGAGCCACACAGGAGAGAAACCGUUUCAGUGCACUGAUUGUGGUAGAGAAUUCAGCAAUAGUAGCAAUCUAACAAAACACACCAGGAUUCACACGGGAGAGAAACCAUUUUCCUGUCCUGAAUGCAACAAAUCAUUUACACAGAGUGGACAGCUCAAAAAUCACAUGGUGACUCACAUAGUGGAGAAAUAAUUUCAAAGGAGGCUUGUUUUUUAUACAGUCAAUUUUUGAUUAAACUCCAGGAAAUAUAUAAAAAUCUACAUUUUAAAUAAUGGAAAGCAUGUACACUCACCUAAAGGAUUAUUAGGAACAC